UGGAAUUUGUUGUGAAGAAGAAUAUAAUUGCCACUAUUUGGCUGCUGAUGCUUGCACCAUGUCGAGACGCAAGCAGGCUAAGCCCCAGCAUAUCCACUCGGAUGGGCAGCUCCUGGAAGCAUCUGUUGGUCAACAAAGCCCAGUCAGUGCUGAUGGAGAAAAAGCUAUGAAGAGGUGCAGGAUGGAAGAAACCAAUGUCUGUGACAAAUGCUGUGCUGAAUUCUUUGAGCUUUCAGAACUUAUUGAGCAUAAAAAUAACUGCACUAAAAAUCACCCAGUCCUCAUUAUGAAUGAAAGUGGUGUGGUUCCCUCAGCAGGCUUCCAACAGGCUUCAUCUGAUCUGUCUGUAGAACCCAUGGAAACUCAGACAAAGGAUGUUUCAUCAAAAAGCUCCUCUCUUCUAGAUGAGAAGAUUAAAGAAAAGGUAGAUUCUACUAAAAUAGUCCCUCCGUCCUCUCCAAAAACGAAUGGUCAUAGCCACUUGCCAAACGUGUCCAACACUAAUGUGACUCUGCAGACUAUUAAUAGUACCAAAGUGGCAGUUAAUCAACAUACAGCAGAUGGUAUGGCAGCAUCAAUGGUAUCUAAUCCAAAUGCUAUUCCCAUGAUCCUUGAACAACUAGUGUGCCUGCAGCAACAACAACUACAACAAAUUCAGCUUACGGAGCAAAUACGCAUUCAAAUUGCCAUGAUGGCUCCAAACUCUUUGCAUCCAUCAAUAGCUGCAGCAACAGAUCCGCUGAAGGCAUUGGGUGCUCAUCUAUCUCAACAACUUUCUGCUGCUGUUGCUUUGAUAGGACAGAAAGCAGGAACACAAAGUCUUGCACUUGAUUCUAUAAAGCAAACCAAGCUACCUCAUCCAAACCUAUCCAUGCCAUCUAAUGGAAACGUACCACUUGCUCUCUCAACAUCGCUCUUAAAAACUGACUCUGUAAGGGGUAUCCCUGCUGCAGUUGCAAGAUUUCCCAACCCUGUGCUACCUCAUUCUGCUGGCACUGUUCUCUUCCAGAAUCAAAUUUCUGCUAAUGAUGCUACAAAUAAAGUCAGUGUUAAGACUCAAAGUAUUACCCCUUCUGAAAGCAAACCUAAUGGUGAGGAUCAAUUCUUUAGACACAAGUGUAAGUUCUGUGGUAAAGCAUUUGGUAAUGAUAGUGCAUUGCAAAUUCAUUUGCGUUCCCAUACUGGUGAAAGGCCAUACAAAUGCAACAUUUGUGGCAACAGGUUUACAACUAAAGGGAAUUUGAAGGUACACUUUCAACGUCAUAAAGACAAAUACCCACACAUAAGAAUGAAUCCAUAUCCUGUCCCAGAGCAUCUGGAUAAUGUUCCUACUACAAGUGGAAUUCCAUACGGUAUGUCUGUUCCAUUGGAUGAGUCUAAUGUACUUGUGGAUACAAAACCUGUCUUGGCAGGCCUUUCAAAUACUGCACUGAAUCUGUCUAAUAUUACAGAACCUUCAAUAGGUACUCUUCUACCAAACAUUCCAUCAAAAUCAUCGCCUGGAAGCGAAGGUGAGUCUGUGUCAUCGGGUGUAGUUGGCCAUGAAUCGGGCACUGACCAGAGUUUAAACUCUCCACCUGUUAGUGGAACAACUGAACAAGGAUCAGAAACUAGUAAACUGCAACAACUUGUUGAGAAUAUUGAUAAAUCUGCAUCUGGUCACAAUGAGUGUUUAAUUUGUCAUAGAGUGCUUAGUUGCCCUAGUUCACUAAAAAUGCACUAUCGUACACAUACUGGUGAAAGACCUUUCAAGUGCAAACUCUGUGGACGUGCUUUUUCAACCAAAAGUAAUCUCAAAACACACUAUAGUGUUCAUCGUGCAAAUACUCCUUUGAAGAUGCAGCAUUCUUGUCCCAUAUGCCAGAAAAAAUUUACCAACGCGGUAGUGCUACAGCAACAUAUCCGUAUGCACAUGGGUGGUCAAAUACCAAACACUCCUUUACCUGAAGAAGCUUGUGGUGAUGGUGAUAUUGACUCAUCAGUUGCUGAAGAGGAGAAAAAUGAAGACCUUAGCAACAGUUUUACAGAUGAGAACAUGGAUGAUAUGGAAGAUGACUCUGAGUCUAUAGAAGCUCCCUCCAGUUCUAAACCACCAACACCUUCAGGUGAGCUACAAGAAGAGCCACCAAAUAUGCCACUUGCUAGCCAAGAUAAUGAGAUGGCUAUGUCUUGUGUUUUAAAUUUACAAAGACAAAAUAGUAUAAAAUCAAGUGAAAAUGGGUCACUAGAGAGUGAUGGGCUGACAAAUGACUCUUUAGUUGGAGAUCAUGAUUAUCAGAAGAGUCCAACACAAUCUGAGCAUAGGGCUCUUUCACCAACCAAUAGCCAGGAUGAUAGGCUUUCUUCCAAGUCUCUUCCUCCUUACAACAGUAACAUGGGUCUGUCCCUCAAAGCAGACCAUUCAGAAAAUAACUUUCUUGAUGCAGAAGUUGGUGGUGCUCUGGAUUUAACCAAUGGCAGCUUUGGCAGGAAGAUCAAAGAGGAACCUGGCUUGUCUCAGAAUGGAGAAUUUGGAAGGACCCCCAUGUAUAUUGGGGCACCACUAUCGCUAAUCAAAGUGGAAAUGCCUUCUGACCGUGUUGGUGGAUCAGCAUUCCUAGGCCCUCCUAACUUGUCUCCUGGACUAACUCCACUUAUUGUUCCACCCCGUCGUUCAGCAAAGCAGCAUCUCUGUAAUACGUGUGGCAAGAACUUCUCAUCAGCAAGCGCUCUACAGAUCCAUGAACGGACACAUACUGGGGAGAAGCCUUUUGCAUGCACAAUUUGUGGAAGGGCUUUCACAACAAAGGGUAAUCUUAAGGUUCAUGUAGGGACCCACAUGUGGAAUAAUUCAGCAAGAAGAGGCAGAAGACUCUCCCUUGAUAAUCCACUGCCUUCAUUGGCAAAUGACUCCAAUAAGAAAAUUGUUGAGAUUUUCCCAAAGUAUAUGGUAAAUCCUGCAGUUAGCCUUAACCCUGCUGUAGGCAUUGACCCUGCUGUGUGGAACCAAUAUGCAACAGUACUUAGCAAUGGGUUGGCCAUGAAGACUAAUGAGAUAUCUGUGAUUCAAACUGGUGGCAUUCCUGGAUUGCCCAUAAGUAACGGGGGAGGACCUGUUAUGAGCACAGCUACAGUUGCAAAUCUUGAUACCUCUCAAAACGGUGUUAGUCAAGUUAUGACGGACUUGGAGCAAGCAAGUGCAGAGAGUGUACCAAAGCACCAGUUUACUCACUUUAUGGAAGAAAAUAUUGCUGUUAACUGAGGCACAAGAAGUGGAUAAUGACUUGAAGGGCAAACGUACGGGGUCCUAGGUUCUCUUGGCUUUUAAUUAUAUGGCUUGGCACUGCCCCCGAGAUGGAUUAUAACCCUGUUGGUCACUUUGCCUAGAAUACAAUCACUGUUGCCUUGCAAACUAGAAUUUGUUGGAAAUGUGCUAACUAAGCAAACUGAGAUCUGCAGCCUUCUGAGGACUUCAUUAAGUUUCCAUAGGUCAUGGUUUACAUUGACAAAAAAAGACUGGAUUCAACUUUUUUUUACAACUCUGUAAGAACAAUUUUAGUGCUUGUGUAAAGAAAUAUGCGGGUAAAUAUUUUGAAAUAUCUGCCACCGUUUUAGAAACAUAUUUUACAGAUUGCUUUAAUUCUAUCCUCCGCAUUGGUCAAGUGUUAACCAAAGUAGAAGAAAAAGUGAUUCCUCUUUGUGCCAUUCUUUAAAUUCUAACCAGGUCAUGCCAAGAGGUCAAACAGUAUUGCGGUUUUUCCCACACCUAUCCUCAUGUUUUACAAUGAAGUCUUCAGAAGCGUACAGAUGUUCUCACAAGCUUUGCACACCAUGGUUUUUUGUUUUUGUCUAACAAUUUAAAUUCCACUGUGGGCUGUGUUACAAGGGCAAAUCCACUUGAAGCCCAGUUGUUACACUGAAAGAACUGGUUUCUUUAAAAGACUGAAGAUUAUUACUAAAAUGAGCAGUAUUAAAUCAUUAUGAUUUGGUUCCACAGCUGAUCUUAAUCAUUUGCGAGACUUUGGUUCAGGAAAGGCUAUUGACUUUAAGUUAUCUACCUCAUACAUUAUUUUAUUUUUCUCAUCUUUGUCGCUCUCCUGUAAUUUAUAUAGCAUUUGAAGUCUCCAUGCACUGAAACACUUAAUCUAAUGUUGGAGUUAAAAUCUUGCUUUGCUACACAUUAAUUUUCUCUCUCCAUGGAUUGCAAGAUCAGAAAAACAUGAGGCCAAAAAUCUCCCCUCUAUACCCGUGACCUAAAAAUUGCAUAUUACCAAAAAUUGUGAUAUUUGCACCUAACUCCUUAUUUCAACUCUUUGCCAUCUUGUGCCUUUCCUGAAGGACUAUUCUCUUUGGACAUAAACGGUUCUUGUUUACAAUGAAUAAUUAAUACUACAGAAACACAGCAGGUGGGCCUGCCAAUUUCUGUAUUGUGAAUGUAUGUCUUUUAGGAAUAUACAGUGUUUGGCAUCCUCUGAAUGUAUUAUAUUUUAUUUUUUUUGGUCAUUUUGAGAAUAAAUUUUUUUGGGAUGGCUUUCUUCUCAGAACAUUUUCAUAUUUGUAUAAACUGUUCAGUGAGCAGGAAAAAUGUAAAUCCUUGUAGAAGUCAUUAAACAAAUGUGAUACCGCUUCUCCCCA